CCCCCGCCGCUAGAUCCGCUGCUGCUGCCGCGGCGGGCAGACCUGCAGGAGGCGGCGGCGGCCUCGGCCGAGAGAAGAUGGCGGACGGUGUGGACCACAUAGACAUUUACGCGGAUGUGGGCGAAGAGUUCAACCAGGAGGCUGAAUAUGGUGGGCAUGAUCAGAUAGAUUUGUAUGAUGAUGUCAUCUCUCCAUCUGCAAAUAAUGGAGAUGCCCCAGAAGACCGUGAUUACAUGGAUACUCUCCCACCAACUGUUGGUGAUGAUGUGGGUAAAGGAGCAGCACCAAAUGUUGUCUAUACAUAUACUGGAAAGAGAAUUGCAUUGUAUAUUGGAAACCUAACAUGGUGGACAACUGAUGAAGACUUAACUGAAGCAGUGCACUCUUUGGGAGUAAAUGAUAUUUUGGAGAUAAAAUUCUUUGAAAACCGGGCAAAUGGCCAGUCAAAGGGGUUUGCCCUUGUUGGUGUUGGAUCUGAAGCAUCCUCAAAAAAGUUAAUGGAUCUGUUGCCUAAAAGAGAACUUCAUGGUCAGAAUCCUGUUGUAACUCCAUGCAAUAAACAGUUCCUGAGUCAAUUUGAAAUGCAGUCCAGGAAAACUACACAAUCAGGACAAAUGUCUGGGGAAGGUAAAGCUGGUCCUCCAGGAGGCAGUUCACGUGCAGCAUUUCCACAAGGUGGUAGAGGACGGGGCCGUUUUCCAGGGGCUGUUCCCGGUGGGGACAGAUUUCCUGGACCAGCAGGACCAGGAGGGCCACCCCCACCUUUUCCAGGAAAUUUGAUCAAGCAUCUUGUUAAAGGAACUCGGCCUUUGUUCCUGGAAACUAGGAUUCCAUGGCAUAUGGGGCACAGCAUAGAGGAAAUACCCAUUUUUGGCCUAAAAGCUGGACAGACUCCACCACGUCCACCCUUAGGUCCUCCAGGCCCACCUGGUCCACCGGGUCCUCCACCUCCUGGUCAGGUUCUGCCUCCUCCUUUAGCUGGGCCUCCUAAUCGAGGAGAUCGCCCUCCACCACCAGUUCUUUUUCCUGGACAACCUUUUGGGCAGCCUCCAUUGGGUCCGCUUCCUCCUGGCCCUCCACCUCCAGUUCCAGGCUACGGCCCCCCUCCUGGUCCACCACCUCCACAGCAGGGACCACCUCCACCUCCAGGCCCUUUUCCACCUCGCCCACCUGGCCCUCUUGGGCCACCCCUUACACUUGCUCCUCCUCCGCAUCUUCCUGGACCACCUCCAGGUGCCCCACCACCAGCUCCACAUGUGAAUCCAGCUUUCUUUCCUCCACCGACUAACAGCGGCAUGCCUACAUCAGAUAGCCGGGGUCCACCACCAACAGAUCCAUAUGGCCGACCCCCACCAUAUGAUAGGGGUGACUAUGGGCCUCCUGGAAGGGAAAUGGAUACUGCAAGAACGCCAUUGAGUGAAGCUGAGUUUGAAGAAAUCAUGAAUAGAAAUAGGGCAAUCUCAAGCAGUGCUAUUUCAAGAGCUGUGUCUGAUGCCAGUGCUGGUGAUUAUGGGAGUGCUAUUGAGACAUUGGUAACUGCAAUUUCUUUAAUUAAACAAUCCAAAGUAUCUGCUGAUGAUCGUUGCAAAGUUCUUAUUAGCUCUUUGCAAGAUUGCCUUCAUGGAAUUGAAUCCAAGUCUUAUGGUUCUGGAUCAAGAAGACGUGAACGAUCAAGAGAGAGGGACCAUAGUAGAUCACGAGAAAAGAGUCGGCGUCAUAAAUCCCGUAGUAGAGAUCGUCAUGAUGAUUAUUAUAGAGAGAGAAGCAGAGAACGAGAGAGACAUCGGGACCGGGACCGAGAUCGGGACCGAGAACGGGACCGAGAGCGCGAGUAUCGUCAUCGUUAGAAGAAGUAUAUACCUACAUUUUAAGUGGUCCAACUACUUGUUCUGAAUUUAAUCUUCUGGAAACAUCUGAGACAAAAGACAGGUGAGUAAUGCCAGGUAAAAAAAAAUUUGACCUUUUAUCCUUGAAUAUUGUAUUGCUAAGUUAAAACUAAGAUUGUUGAUGGUCUUUAGAAAGCAAGAAAACAAUCAAGAGGACUCAUGUCUACUUCUAAAAUCUGAAAAUUGGAAUUGUCUUAAUUAUACAGAUAGUUUGCAUGUGAUUUGAAAUACAAAAUACAGGAAGUUAAUUCAUAACACACACACACCCACACACACACACACACAUAUGUAUGUAUGUAUAGUGCUUGGACUUGUAAAAGUAAAUUGAAAGUUUCCCUCCUUGAACUGACUCCCUAAAAUUUUUAAAGACAAUCUAACACUAUAAUAGCUUAUAAUACAGGAGGAUGGUUUCUCAGCAUUGAAAGAGCUUUUGUACUUAAAAAACUACUCUUUAGAAAAGAUACUUUUCUUGGCAUCUGGUUUUUGUUUUAAAACAAAAGAAAACAUAUCCUUUAAUUUGCAAAGAAGAUAUGAAACUUAAUUAAAAUGGAUUCAGGGUACUCCAUAUCUAAGAAUUUUAAGUUGUAUCAAAUCAUGCAUCCCAGGUUAGAAUAACCUUGAAAAAAUUUUCUUUGAUGUUUCAUUCAUAAACCAUAAUCAUGUGUCUUUUUUUCUGUAUUUUAAAACUAUUUCUUGUGUACAUUUUUCAUAAAGCGGGAAUUUGUCUGUUUAUACUUCAUUUUCACGUGUUUUUAUUUUUAUAUUUGUGAACAGCAUUUAUUCAUGUGAAAAGUAGGGGGAGGGCACUGUGAGGCUUGUGCAUGUGACACAAAGGAUAUUCUGUAAACAAAUAAUUUUUCUUUAUAUGUUGGUGGUAUAUCCAAAUUAAAUUAGGCUUAAACAAAUCCCUUACAGGUAACUACAUUUUACAUAAUUAUUUUCCAUAAUCAUGGGAAACCCUGAAUUUAGUCACAGUAAUUGUUAGUAUUUAAGUUGUUAUGGGCAAAAGCAAAGACUAUCAAGUAUAUGUAAUUUUGUGGCAGAAUAGCAGUUUCUUUAACUGUAAGAGAUACAUCUUAGCAAAUGAGAUCCUUUUUGAAUAAUACUAUUUAUAAAAUAAACAUGUAAGUCUUAUUUUUAUGGAACACUAGCUAUUUAUUCACAGUUUUAUGGGGUAUUUGAAGUGAAAGGCCAUUUUUAAUACUUCCCUAGCAUUUUGAACAUGCAUCUUAAAUAUUUAUCAAAACUUGAAUUCUAAAAUAGUUUUCCAUGUAUUGUAUUAUAGAACUUAAUGUAAAUCCCAAAACAUUUAGUAUGAAGCAAAACAUCUCUCACUUUAAAACUGAGCUCAUUGAAAUUAAUACUGCUUUUGGAUGUAAGGAUUAAUUAAAUGUUCUGUCAUGUAAACACUAAACAUCUAAACACUAAAUUUUAAAGAUAGAGUUUUUUCCCCUUUGGGUUGAAUAAAUCUUAAUCCCAUCUUAGGAAAAAAUUCUCAGUAUCCAUCAGUUGCUUAAGGUGAAUUUUAGCCAACUUACUUGAAAUGCUUAGCUGUAUCAGCCAUUUCAUUUAUAGUAAGGUACAGGUGUAUGAGUUAUAUCUUUAUUUAGACUUUGCCAGUUAUCAGCAAGCUUCUAAUUAUUGAGGGCAUGAUAAUGAAACUUCCAUACAUUUUUAAACAUCUCCACGAUUGGAUGUGCCCAUCAAGGAGCUUCUGAACCAGAUUAUACCCAACGUUAAUGAUUUUUCUUCCUGGUUUCAGCUAAACUAGCAUAGUCAGCCAGGUAAACUCCUUGAAAAGUCCACUGUUCAUUUUAAUACUUUGAAUUAACUAACAUUACAUUCUAGUAAUGGGUACACCUAACUAUAUCAUGGCUUGAGUUUCAUUACAUUCAGACAUUAACUAUGAAUUCCUAACUUGAAAACUAUGGUUGACAUUUUUUCUUAAUCACUGAUGUGUACCAUAUCAGAAUUCCCAUGUUUUGUUUGUACAUUAAUCAAAAUUGAGUUGUAAUAUUGUUAUGUGCCUUCAUCCAAGCAAAAUUUUACAUAAGCAUUUCUAGGGCAAAAAAUUCUGUUAUCCUGGAAUAUUGUACCUUUGCUAUACCAAACAAUAUUUAUUGCGGAUGUAGAUGUGAAUUUACAGGGUUGGGGACUAGGAUUAAAUAUUUUCAAGUGAAAACUUCUAAACAAAUAAGAAAACUAUCUGCACAUUUAAUUAUUAUUAUAAUAGGGUCUGUUGACCUUUUUAGAAGUUUUUAAAUAUGAGUCCUUUUGAGCUUUCAUGUAAAUCUUAAAUGGACUAAAUGGAGUACAAGUAACUGGGAAGCUAACUUGAAUGUCAGUAAGCGUGUAUAUAAAUAAAACAAUAAUGUAAUUUAUUAUUAAAAUGAUGAAUGGCUAAAAGGGCAAGUUCUUAACUGGAAACUUAAUGAUGUUGGCAAGCUGUUAAUGUCUGUCCCAUCUUAAUUUUUUUUGUGUUUGAACUGUUGGUAAUGUUAAUUGCAUUCUCUCAUUUAAAAUAUGUAUUUUUCUAAAAGCAUUCAGUAUCAAGUUCAAAUAGGUAAUAUUUUAAUGGGAAUAUCAGUAUUGUAAAUUUUCAGUAUGUAAAUACCUUGUAUUUCAUAUUCUGUAAUUUCUGCCUCUAUUCUCAGACCACUCUGAGCAAAACAAAAGUAGUUCAGUGUUUUAAAAUUGUACACUUUUUACAAAAAUAAUUUUCACAGUUCUUUUCUUUUAGAUUGCAUUCCUCUUAUUGUUUGGAACAAUGCCACACAGCAAAUUUCUGUUAAUGAUUCAGGUUUUUUUGUGUGUGUGUACAAAAAGUAAUCCAAAUUAUUUUUUAAUAUACUCUUUAUUCAUGCUUUUUCUCUCCCUGAAAAGAGGUUUUAAUAUUUUCAAAUCAUUAUCCAUUUUUUUGAUAAAAUUUUAAGCAUCUUGUGUGGAAAAUGGAUUAAAUAACUACACUUCGUUGUAAGACUUAAUCAUAGAUACCGUAAUCUCAGGUUGUGUUGUUAUUGCACAAGAUUUAGGGUGGUUUGCAUUCUUUACUUAGUUUAUAGUUUUUCGUUAAUUUAGGAAAAACAAAGCCAAAAGAAUAAAAAAAGGUUUUUUUAUAUGUGUUUCAGCUCCUUAAGAUUUAGUGUUACUUUGAGGCCAAUGUGAAAAUUAAGUUCUCUUAACCAUCCAAUGAAUGAUACUGGUGGUGAUGAUACUUAAAAAUUAUUUCUGCAACUCUUAGGUCAUCUGAGAUCUGCCUAAUAUUAUCCAGCCUUGUGUGUGUUUGUGUUCUACCAUAUGUCCUAACUGCUGUGCUUCAUCUGGAUUUGCUAGUUUUCACUUCUUUUGCUCCAGGUUUUCUGCUUUUAAUAUUUAUAAAACCUUAUUACACAGCUAUCUUAACUGAAGUGGCAGGAGGGUAGGAAGUAAUCCUGAGAAUAGAUAUAUAGUGUGUUUUUUGCUCACUGUGGUUUAAGAAUGGGUUUUGUUUACAAAUGAUUAAUGUUCCCUGUUAAAAGAAAAUUCAGUGCCAAUGUGAGUCACCUUGCUCUCACCUUCAUCUCAGUGUGAAAUUUACUACCAUUGUUUUAGUUUGUAAAUUAGAUCACUCUGAAUAAGUAAUGUUUUGAAUGAAUAUUUAGUUAGCAUUGUUUUAAAGAAAACUUAAUAACCAAAAAGGGGUAAGUGUGUCAUAUAUGCUAUGCAUAUUUACUAAUUUGCCUUCUGUGGUAGGGUGUUCUAAUCCUCACAGGAAAUUCUCAAUCACAUAAGUAGCUUAUUUUGAAAUGUCCAUUUUGUGAAAUUUGGGGGACAAAGAUGAGUUUUCCUUGACUGUGGUGAGGUUUAUUUCUAUAGUGAACUGCCCUAGAGCAAUAAUCUUGUAUCUGUUUUAUAGUAUAAUGAAAGACUUUAGUUAAAAUGAGGUAAGGUAAGUACUGUGACCACAGGUAGAAAGAAGGAAAUUUACCAGAUGUUGUGGUAGGAAGGGAAGUUUUGUAAAUACCUAUAAUAAACAGAAUUUUCAUGUACUAUGUUUUAGCCACUGCGAAAAGGAAUUUUAAUUUAUAAGAGUUGACUUAUAUUCAGAAUCUUCUAUUUCUUUUGCCUGCUCCAUCCCCAUUCCUCUCAUUAAGGAGAAAUUUUCAGAAAAGAGAAACGUGAAUUUUGUUUCACUGAGUUAAUAGAAGCACAUCUCUAAAAGUAUAUUGAAAUUUUUUUCAAUUCAAUAUUCACUUCUUUUAAUUGAUUAUUAAUGUGAAAGCCUGUGAAAGAGCCAUAUCAGAUACAUAUUUGAAUUUUACUAAAAAGGUGAAUUGGCCAUGAGCAUAGAAAUACUGAUGCUAACAAAUUUGCUUAGAUAAGUUUUAACAGAAAUGCUCAGAAUUUGAGCUGUUAGUAUUGGCUUGAUCUUACAUUAUCUCAAAAUACAGGUGCUUCUCUGUAUUGAAAUUUUACUUAGUGCUUACUUUAGAGACUUCAUUGAAGAGCUGUAGAUUACAUUUGUCUUAGUUUAACAGGUGUCUACAUAGAUCUUCCUUUUAUAUUAUAGCUAAAACUGUGUGACUUUGACAUUAACAUAUUCAACUAAAUGGUAUUCUGAAAACAUGAGCAUUGAAUGUAUUUGUCACUUAUAAGCUUUUUUGGUAUCUUUGUUUAUGUAGAUGUCUAACUAGAAAUUUGAGAGUAUCCUGUGGGAUUGGAUUAUUGGAAAUGGGUUGUAUUGCCUUCAAAUUUGCUUCCGUUUGAGAUUGUAAAAUUUGUAUUUCCAAAUGGAUAAAUGUAAAGUGUUUAGAAAGAGAAAUAAAAACUGUCAGACUACCCCCAGAUUUUAUGUCUGUAUGGUGAAAAUGAGAGAAUUUUAAUAGUAAAGACAUAUGAAGUAUAUUCAAGCAAAAGAUGAGUGUAUUUGUCCUGCAAAAAGAUGUGUGUUACAAUUUCACAAACAGGAUUCUCUGCAGAAAUAGUAAAAUUCUCCUUUGUGGAGUGAUGAAUAAGAGUAAGUUGCAGUGUAUGCCACAUGUUUUUUGGAAGGAAUGGGUAUUUUUUGUUCACUGUGACUUUAAUUUUUCCCUCUUUAAUGACCGAUCUCUCUCUCGCAUCACAACAAAAGGGUUAGAGAGAUAACAUACUUUUUAAAGUAAGAUUUAUUAAUUUCCCAGCAUCUUUUCUGGUUAGAACAUAUUCCUUAUCUGUCUUUAAUACCAGUUUUUAAAAAUACAUUGCAAAGAACAAAAAUAAAACCUAUGAAAGCUGCCCUUCUAGAUUUUUUUCCCAUGAAAUAAUUCCACCUAAAGCUUCAUCAACAUAAGAUAAAAGUACAACAAAAGGUAACAGAAAUGGCUUAAGUAUCUCAUUUAAAAAUGCGGGGAAAUAGAAACUAUUUAAAAGAGAAAGUUCAGGAUUAAACAUUUGGGGUUUUUGUUUUUUGUUUUCUUUUGCAGUUGUAAAAUUUAGGUUUUUACUGCUAGGCAGUGUGAGUGCAUAUGUGUAUUGAUGCUCUGAAGACGCUUACAGCCUAGUUGGGGAGGAAAGGACAUAAAAUACGACGUUUGUAGUUGUGACAGAAUAUUAAUUACUCUUAAUUACAGAGCAAAGUACUUCCCAAUUUUAUGGCAAGAAUAUCACUAAAUAUUGUGCCCUUUACUUCUUACUACAUCAUCUUAUUAAAAUGCUCUCUUGGAACUUAAAUUUUAAAUAUCUGGUGUUUCAGUGAUGACUUACAUGCAAGUUAAUUGAAUGUUUCCUUUGUGAACCUCUACCUGAAGUUUGCAUAUUUUUGUAUUCUUGAAAUUUUAGUUUACCAAAUUGAUUUUUUUUUUCUUUGUGUGAGUUUUCAAUGAAAUUUAUCAUUGUAGAUUCUUUUUUAGCUUGUUUUUGGUUAGCUUAUAUACCACAUUAGUUAUUUCACUAUAGGUGGAAUAGAGUGAAAGUAAAGUAAAUGUUUUAAAUUUGUAUUACGUCUAAAGAUUUGUAUGUGGAUGUCAUAUUUAUUUAAAUGUGCAUACUGAGCUAUAUAUAAAUUUUAUUUAUAAAUUUUGUAACAUGAAACAGUUUGAUUUAUAACAUUUGCAGAAGUUCCUGUAUGCUGUCAAAUAAAUACAACUAAUUUGUAAAAUAAUUGCAUUUUAUAUUCAGUUCACAUUUAAUUGUUAAUGAGUUCUUUAGAAUUGAUAUGUGGGUGAAUGAAAAAAUUUACAUUAAAAUCAUUCAAGCAUUUUUCCAUUUAUUUUUGUAGUAUGCAUACUUUAGAAAAUGACUUAUAAAUGUUUCCAUCAUCACAGAAACAGCAGCUGCUAUAUUUUCAUUUUUGCUUGUCACUAAAUUAAUAAGGCAGUAAUAACUAAGAAGCAUGAAAUCAGAAUGUCUCAGUUUUAAUCAGCACAUAAAUUGGGAGCAUUUCUCCACCAUAAAGGCAGCUACUGUUUCAGUUAAUGCUUAUUGUGUUAGAAUACGUAACAGUGAAGUAGAUGCACGACUUGUGUAUGUAUAGUUAAGCCAGCGUUUUUCUGUGUAUUAUGGGGAAUAGCAAAAUCUACAUCACAAAUUUUGACACAUUACAGCUGAAGGAAGAGGAACACCUUCCAAGACAAAACAGUCUUCAUGGGGGAAAAAUGACGCUUGUCCAGCAGUUUGCUUCUUGUGAUUGAACUGAACCUGUAAGGAUUCAUGGAUAAAAUGAACAGGAAUAGAUCUGAAUAAAGCAAAUCUGCAUAAAUGGUAACCAGUAGCUCUACUUUUAUUUUUUAUGUUGCUUAACUGUUUUAUUUGAAGGAAACCUGUGUGAUUUAAAAAGUUAUAGCUUUUGCAACUUUAUUACUGGUUAUAUACAUUUGGCCAUUAUAAUGUGCAAGCAAUUGGAAAAAAAAAACGUCAAGUAAAUGCUUGUUUUUAUAGUAGUUUGUUCUUGUUAAAAAUGUUCAUAUGAUAAUGUCUGUAAACAGCACCACUUUGAUUACAAUAGAUGUAGUGUUGUAAUAAACUGUUUAAUGGGGCUGAUGUGUAAAGCUGUUCAAGUUAUUUGAUGUUUACACCUCAGGGAAAGUCUUGUGUUCAGCAAUAUCUAAAGAUAAUGUUACUAUGACAUUUAUACUGUCCUUUAAAAAAGCAUUGCAAUAGCGUUUUUGGAUAUGCACCAAUCUAAUCUUGCGUUCAGUGAAUUAAACAUACUAAUUAAGUGUCUCUUGCCCUUGAUUUUGAUAUUAGAAUAGGUGAUUACAUGGAUAUUUAAUAUUUCUAUAUUCUGCUUUUCUAGCUGUUUUUACCUAGUUAGCUUGUGAUUUUGCUGAAUGGUAUGUAAACUUGUAAAAUUUCACAGACGUAGCAAUCCAGUCAAUGUGUUAGGGGUCAAAAAAAAUUUUGUGGUUUUAACAUUUUAGUAAAAACCCAUACGUUAUUUGCUACAGUAAUGCAGCUUAAUUACAACACAGAUGUACUGAAACGCUUAAUUGUAAACUGCUAGCAUUGAAGAAAUAUUUUGACAAUUCUGAUUGGAUGCGGCAGUUAUUUGCUGUUUUAUAUUAAUAGUGCUUAUGGUUUAUUUUUGAAGCCAUAGGCAGUGUAAAUACAGCCGUGCAGCAGACAAAUGGGAGUAAGGAGAGCAUUAGUUUUAUUUUCUGGUUACUAUAGAUUUUGGAAGGCCGUGAUGCUUACUAAUACUGAGUUGUAAUCUCCUGUGUGUGUAAUGGGUGAUAAUAGGUGUACCCUGUCACCAGUUCAAGGAAUCUUACGUGUAUUCAUGCAACCUUCUGAUUCAUGCUAGAGUUACUUAAUCAAAGAUUUUUUUCAAAUCUGCCUUGCAUAUAGACCCACAUUAAAAGCACUUGGCUGGCAUGUGUUCUUAAUUACAAAAUUAGCAUAGGCAGGGUGACAACUUGAUUAGAUACUUUUAUAGGAAGGUCAUUCCGAAUCACUAUUUCAAAAAUUUGAGUUGAAAUCCUAGGCAAGUUUAAUUUGUUUUUGAUCUGAUUAUCUUUUGAGUGAUCUGAUAAUACACAUUGGUUUUUUAAAAAUACAGCCAAAUUUUAGGGCAAUGCUUAAAAGUAUUUAGUUACCCUGAAUAUUAUGUCAUUUGCAACUUACAGAAGCCCUCCAGAGAUUUGCAGUGCAGUUCUUCCCUUCCGUUUUGUCCACUAUCACACUAGUUCUUACAAAAUUAGCUAUUUCAAGUUAUUCCUAUUAUUGCCAGUUUUAUUUUAAAAACAUUUUGUGAUUAGAGUAUUUGUGCAUGGGAUCACUGGCGUUUAUCAGAACUGUUUGCUCUCAGAAAAAUUUUUCAAGUGUUCUGUCUUGUUGAAAAUGCAGUUGCCUUUUUAACAUUAUUUGAGAAUUGAAUCAAAAUAGUUUUCUUGUUUUGUAUGUAGGUGUUUUGUCAUUCGUUAGCUUUUUUAUACUUUAAUCACAAUGUCCUAAUGUGAAGAAGUAUGGACAUAAAUAUAUUACAAGGGAAAUUAGUUAAUAGUAAGCUUAAAAGGUAAGUAAAUGUCCAUGAGAAUAAGAUACUUUCUGACAUUUUAAAAAUGGAAUUCUAAAAAUCUAACCGCUUGAACUUGAGAUGAAACUGGAAAUUUUGUACUAAUUAAAUCAUUUAUCUUUUCGUGGUUUUUUUUUUGUUUUGUUUUUGUUUGUUUGUUUUUUUUAUCAGUGGAACCCUUUAAUUGCUCAUUCUAUAUAUCACUCUUCUCCCUAUGUGGCUGACUUCAUUACAUAACUUUUGUUGCAGACAAUGUGAGUGUCCUAGAAUUGUUUGCUGCUAGUCCGUUAUUUUUAAGUGUUGUCAGAAGGAAAUACCUUUUUGGUUUGUCCAUUAAUUUUUACGGUCAUCUUCUACCUGAUAACACACGAAUGUAUAGCACUAAAGGUGAAAAUUGCAAGCCUUGUUUUAUUCUUCUUAUCCCUCUGUCAUUUUUCAGCUAAUGUUAUUUGAAAACUCUUUCUUUCUUUUUUUUAACAUACAAAAACAAUCCAAAGAGAUAAAUCAUUACAUAGACACCAAAAAAAAAAAGAGAAAGAGAGUUUCAGAGACUUUUUCAUUUCUUUUUACUAAUAAUUGUAGUGGACACGAAAACACAUUUGAGUUUAACUGUAAACCAUAGGCAUUUAUUAGUGCUAUGCGGUCACAUUCCUUUCAGCCAGUAGUUACGAAUGAGUGAUGCAGCACCUCUGUGGUAUUGCUUCUGAAGCAACACUUUGAAUUGAUUUUGCUGCUUAUAGCUAAAGGAUAUAUGUUUUGGAAAGGAUAUUCCAAUGUAAAUUUGGAAGUGUUUAUUUUGUCAGUUUUCAUAGACAAGAUUUGGAGUAAGUUGCAGUGGCUGUUGAUCAUAGUUUAGCCCAUUUAAUGGCCCCUUUACCUAGAAUAUUUUUAAGCAGUUAACUACAAUUUGGAGUUCACAGAUAACUUAUGGAUUGUAGCUUAAGGUAUUAUUUUCAUUUAAUUCUCCUGUGGAGAAUACUGCUUUGUUUUUUACUAGUUUAAGGUCAGUUCUUAAAAUAAACACGGGAUUUUAAUGAAUGUUGUAUAACAUUUUAUAGUGAAAGGGGAAAAUUGUUGGAAGGGUAAAGACUUUCUCUUUCCCUUAUGUAUUUAAAUGUGCCAAUAACCUAAAUACAUACUGUUUUAUACAAUGAAAUGCUACUAUGAGACUUUCUGUUGGAGUGCUCUCAACAUUUUGGUUUUCAUACCUGAAUGAUCAUUGCAUUUUCUGUAUUUUAUAAGAUGGCUUCAAUUUUGUGUUUUAAGCUUCAGCCUGUUAUUUUAAGAGGAAGUUUAUGUUCUGAUUCUUUACUGAGAAUACAGUAUUGAGAGUCUUACUGUUUUACAGAUAACUGCCUUUUAAAUUUUAUUCAUUAAGUUCAUUUGCAUCCCAUAGCCGUCUGUAAAUGUUUCCAGCAGUUGUAUGUACUUAAAUGCACGCUUCUCCAUUGUACAUAUUAGAUGUUUUUGUGCUAAAAUAUAUUAAGUGGGAUUUUUGUAGCAAAGCAUUCUAUUUUUCUGUUCUUACUCUGUGUGUGUGUGGUUUUUUUUACAUUAACCUUCAGUUUAAACACUGGAGUAUUUAUUUCAUUUUUUUAGCAACUUGACUCUUAGAAGCCUUAGACUAAUUUUUUAAUAAAUAUUCAACCAAAAAUUAUAAAUUUCCUAAGAUGUGGCCUUACAUAUAGCAUUCCUUGUGUUUGUAAUGUGAGAUUUUUGACUAGAGAAAUCAAAAGAUUCUGAUUUAAAGUUUCCUUGUAAGUUGAAAUAGAAAAUGUGUUAAAAUGUCUAGGCUUCUGGGAGGAAGUUCUUACAUUCUUCUUUCUUGGCAUUAGAAAGAAGCAAUAUGAAUUUUUACAAAUAUUCAAGCAAUUGUAUCCAGUUUAGAUUGAUUUAGGUUUGUCUUAACCAAUGUUUCUUUAAAAUUUCAGGUUGUUGGCAUUCACUCUGAGUAUGCAGCUACUGUGGUUUUUGUAUGGGACAUAUAAACACUUGGUUAGGUAUAGACAGAUUUUAAUGUUUUAAAGACUUCCUGCUAUAUUAACGUAUUGUAAUAGGAGUCUUAAAAUAUUAGGUAGCAUUUAAUUGAAGUCACACAAAUCCUGAAAUGGUAUCAGCGGAUAGUAAAUACUACAAAAAGUUUUUCAUGUGCGAGCAUCCUAAAAUUCUGCCAUGGGUGUAAAUGUUCUGCAUUAAUUUCAUAAUUGGACAGACCCUGCAUUUAGUAAAAACACUUCAUUUUGAAGGUGUUUUCUUUUUGUCACACUGUUACUUCAUAACACUUUUCAGCAUUCUGUAAGUUAAAUUAUUUUAAAAGACAAUGGUGAAUUCGUGUUUAUUUUUUUACUUUGAAAAUUGUAGUACUCAGGUGGUAUUUAAUGGGAAAGGAUCCUUGGGGUAAAUCAUAAUGUAUUCUAAGGAAUGCAUCUAUAACAUUGAUGACUUUAGCCUUAAAAAAAGGUCUAUUCUUACUCUUAUUCCUCUUCAUCCCAUGGUAUAUUAGCAAAGUAGUUUACAGCCUUGUACAGCCUUACAAAGUUGUUUUACAAUUUUUAAUGGAAAGCCCUUAACAAAAAAAUUGUAUCAUAUUAACCAGUAUCCAUGAAUUAACUAAAUCACGGUUUGUAAAUAAUUUGUCUAAUACCAGAAGGCCAAAGAAAGUCUUAAAAUUUUAGCUAUUGACUCUGGUGACUUCACAAUAAGAUUUCUGUGCAAAAGGUAAGGUGAUAUUUGAUCAAAUAGACAUCUUUUUGGUGUCCAUGAGAACUAGACUUCCAUAUUCGCUUCUAUUAAAAAGCUCAUUCCAUUUUAUUAAAAUGUUUGUAAUUGCAAUUUUGUGUUUAAUGUUUACUUUGUCUUUUCUUUCUUUAGCAUUUAGGUGACUGUUCAGCAGUUUGCUAUAUGGCCAUUGUUGGCCCUAAACUGCAUUAGUAACAAGCAUGGUAUUUAUCUUGUAUUGAAAAUAAAACACAGUUUUGAUAAUA